CUCGCCUGAUUGUUUACGUUGUCGGCUGGCCUCGCUGUGACACGUCUCGCUCAGCCGUCUCUCUCUCCUGCUCGGCGUCGGGGCUUCUGUUUUUUUAGAAGAUGGACACCUUUAUGGGAUUUUCAGUACACAUGGAUUUUGAGGGGCAGAAGUUGGCAGAAAGACUAUUCCAGAUAAUAGUUGUUGCCUUUGGUGCUGUUGGCUGGCUCUGGGGCUAUUAUGUACAGGACUUCCACAUGACCGUGCUCACACUUGGUGCUGGAUUCAUCUUAGCCUGUUUGGUAACUUUACCCCCAUGGCCCAUCUACCGCCGAUACCCCCUGAAGUGGGCCCCUGCACAAGACGCCCCCUCGGCUGCCUCCACCUCUGACGGCACCAGCUCUAAGAAGAAGAAGAAAUAAGCACAUAGUACUAGUGGAUCUAGAUGUCUUACAUUCUUGGUGUUAUAUAAGGAGAAUCUUAUUUCAAAGUGAGAUUUGUGUCACAUUUUUUGUAACUUGAUCUGGUUUCAUUGCAUUUUCUAUUUUUGUAAUUAUUUAGGUUAAUGAGCCUCCUCUGUAGUGAUUCCUUAUAUUUUACAUUUUAAAAUUUUUGUUAUUUUCUCUUUUGCACUGACCGAGAGCAGGGAAUUGCCAACUUAAAAAGAUAGUCAAGUUAUUUAUUUUCACCUAAACAUAGACAAAGAGAUUUAAGGGAGACUUCUAUGAUUUCGUACAAGUGAAAGUGGUGGUUGGAUUUCCUUGAUGUGUAUGAGUGGAAGGUUGGAUUCGGAAAAGAUUUCUAUUAAACUUGAAAUGGAU